AUGAUGCUCGACUCGGACGACUAUGUCGGUGUCGCACACCCAUCCGAGAAAGAUCAAAUCGCCAUCAUCAAUACCGACACACCCGAUGCCGAAGUAGAUCAAUUACAGGAUCUCCCAACCGCCGACGACUAUGAUUCCAUGAAAGAGUUUGUGCUACCUCCUCUCCUGGAGGAGCCACGCAUACUUGAGGAUGCAGUUCACACCUGGUCCAUCGAGUCUUGGAACGCCAUGUCGAGAAAGGAACAUGGCCCCAUCUUUCACGCCGGUGGAUAUCCUUGGCGAAUUCUCCUCUUCCCCUUCGGAAACAACGUAGAUCAAUGCUCGAUAUACGUCGAACAUGGUUUCGAGACCACAAGCAUACCCGAGAACUGGAGCUGCUGCGUCCAGUUUGCCCUCGUCCUUUGGAAUCCGAACGACCCCUCCCUAUACACAUUCCACCAUGCCCACCAUCGCUUCACCAAGGAAGAAAGCGAUUGGGGCUUCACGCGCUUCGUCGAGCUGCGGAAGAUGUUCAACACCCCUUGGGACCGGGGUACCCGACCUCUUUGCGAGAACGACGCUGCCAACAUCACGGUUUACCUCCGUAUUGUUGAAGAUGAAACCGGUGUGCUCUGGCACAAUUUCAACAACUACGAUUCCAAGAAGGAGACUGGAUAUGUGGGCCUCAAGAACCAGGGUGCCACCUGCUACCUUAACUCUCUGCUUCAGUCACUGUAUUUUACAAAUGCUUUUCGAAAGGCCAUCUACGAAAUUCCAACCGAGCAUGAGGCUAGCAUGUCCAACAGCGCCUACACCCUCCAAAGAUUGUUCUACCAACUACAGACCUCCGAGACCGCUGUCAGCACGAACGAGCUAACGAAAUCUUUCGGCUGGGAGACGAGACACAUAUUUGAACAGCAAGAUGUUCAGGAACUUUCGCGAAAGCUCAUGGAGCGCAUGGAGGAGAAGAUGAAGGGAACGAAGGCCGAAAACGUCCUACCCCAGCUUUUUAGUGGAAAAGUCAAGACGUACAUCUCUUGCAUCAACGUCGACUACGAGUCUUCCCGAAUCGAGGACUUUUGGGAUAUCCAGCUCAACGUCAGCGGCAACAAGAAUGUUCAGGAGAGCUUCCUAGACUAUAUCCAGGUGGAGAAGCUCGUAGGAGAGAACCAGUAUUACGCCGGCGAGCAGUUCAAACUCCAGGACGCGAACAAGGGCGUCAUCUUCACAUCAUUCCCCGACGUCCUUCACCUGCAAUUGAAGCGUUUCGAGUACGACAUUCAACGAGACAUGAUGAUGAAGGUGAAUGCUCGCUACGAGUUCCCCGAAGUCUUCGACGCCGCUCCUUUCCUCUUGGACGACGCGGAUAAGUCAGAGCCAUGGGUCUACCAGCUGCACGGCGUUCUUGUACACAGCGGCGACCUCAACACUGGCCAUUAUUACGCAUUCCUGAAGCCGAACAAGGACGGGUGGUUCUAUAGGUAUGACGACGACAAGGUGACCCGAGCUACCAUGAGGGAGGUGUUGGAGGAGAACUUUGGGGGCGAGGCCCGUUUCUCAGCAGCCGCCGGUCGCGCGCCCCUUCAGAAGCGAACCCCCAUCCUUCGCCAGAACAGCGCGUACAUGUUGGUGUACAUCCGCCAAUCCCGCCUCGACAAGAUUCUGACUCCCGUUACGGAAGAGGACAUCCCGAAGCACUUGAAGGAGCGGUUUGAGGAAGAAAUGCGCACCAAAGAGCUGCUUCGGAAGGAGAGGCAAGAGGCACAUUUAUACAUGAAUGUCAAGGUCAUCACCCCUCAAACAUUCCGAAAAUAUGGCGGUACCGACCUUGCGCACUUCGACGCCGAUCCGAAGACGGACGAUUCCGCCCCGAGGCACUACCGUGUUAAGCGAACGCUAGUGCUUGAAGAUUUCGUGGCGCAGAUUGGCCAGGACAUGGGCGAGAAUCCCAAGAAGCUCCGAUUGUGGGUAAUGGUCAACCGCCAGAACAAAACUGUUAGACCCGACGUGCCGGUUUUGGAUCUCCAACCGACUGUGGAAGACCUCUAUCAUAGAGUGAAUUCUCACAGGGAUCCCGCUCUCCGUCUGUGGGUGGAGGUAGCCGAAGAAGUCGACGCCGAGGGCAACGGAGUGUUCCCGGCCUACAAUGUUUCGGGCGGUCCCGCCAUCAUCCACAAGAGCAAUGUCAUCUUACUCUUCCUCAAGUGCUUCGAUCUACCGGCUCAGACGCUACAUGGAGUUGGACAGAUCUAUAUCGGAAGGGAUAAGAAGGUAGAUGACAUCACUCCUCAUAUCUUGAGGUUGAUGGGCUGGGGCGACAAGGUCCCGUCGGACGAGCGAAUCUUCUUGUGGGAGGAGAUCAAACCGACCAUGAUUGAGCCGCUAAAGCCCAAACAAUCUCUAAAGGCAGCCGAACUGCAAGACGGUGACAUCGUGUGCUUCCAGCGCCUUCUAGACCCUAAGAGCGAGAAGAGCAUUCAAGAACAGCGCAAAGUGCUCGAGGAACGUGCUGCGGAUGUUCACAAACAAACGAGCGAUUUUUUCAACAACGCCUCUGAGUACUAUGAUUUCCUGUGCAACAAGAAGACCGUCAAGUUUUGCCCUCACCCAAGCCGGUGCGAUGAGGCCAAGUACCCAGCGUUCGAUCUCACCAUGAGUACUAAGGUUACUUACGAUACGGUCGCUGAGCGCGUUGGCCUUAUCUUGGGAGUUCCCCCGACACACAUUCGCUUCUGGACUGUCAACAGCACGACUUCCAAUCCCAAGGCUACCGUGAAGCGCCUACCCAACAGCAAUUUACUUGCAAUGCUCAACACUGCGGCGUAUUCUCAAAUAGCGCAAAACCAUCGCAUGGACGCGUUAUUCUUUGAGGUUCUCGAGAUCAGCCUGGACGAGCUUGAACACAAGAAGAGCAUCAAGGUGACCCUCCUGAGCGAGGGCAUCACUAAGGAGGAGCCAUUUGACCUACUUGUCAACAAAAACGGCACGAUAGACGAUCUCAUCGAAGCACUUGUCAAGAAGGCCAAUAUUCCCAGUGAAGCUGAGGGCGGAAGAAUCCGCAUCUUUGAGUCGUCUAACAACCGUUUCUUCAGAGAGCUCAAGAGGGAUUACCCAGUCAUCAGCAUGAAUGACUACACACAGGUCUUUGCCGAGAGGGUCCCAGAAGAGGAGCUGGAAGCCGCUGAUAACAGCUUGAUUAAUGUUUUCCACUUCCACACGGAACCGAGCCGGGCCCACAGUGUGCCGUUCAGAUUCUUGCUCGUCGAGGGUGAGCCUUUCUCGGAGACGAAGAAGCGGCUUGAAAAGCGCACAGGAUUCAAGGGAAAGUCAUUCGAGAAGAUCAAGUUUGCGGUCAUCCGCCGUUCUCAUUACUCCAAACCUCAAUAUCUUACAGACGACGACAUUCUGUGGGAUAUCACCUCAUCAGAUGAUGACGUGCUUGGACUCGAUCACGUAGAUCGAACCCGGACUGUGAGGAACGGCGCGGACUUGUUCCUCAAGUGA